UUGUGUCAGGAAUUCGCAUUUGACAGACAGGGGGACUUGGACUUGAUCGCGGUAUUAAUUCACCCGUUAGGACAUAAUGAGCCGUAAUGCGAACGAAGUUAGUGCCAGACAGAUGCUUGAGAAGCAGUCCAAGUUCUGUCUGGCCCGCGUGGGAAGUGUGGAGAAGAACUUCGGGCUCAUCUGCGAAACCAUCGGGUCAAUCACACGAAAAAACGCUCGACUGAGGAACAAAGGUGACGUCCUGGCUGGUCACAUAAAAAACUACGCAGAUGGAGAACGACUCAACAGUUCAUCCAAGAAAGCCCUCACUCACUUUGCUGAAAACUUCUCCACUAUACAAGACUACAAGAACUCUGAGGUCCACAGAAUGGAGGCGAAGGUGCUACAACCCAUGAUGCAAUAUGGCGGCCGGUGUAAACAGAUGAAGGCAACUGUCAAGCGGGAGAUUUCGGCCUUAAAGAAGGAGAGGCAGACGAGACAGAAGCUAGACAAAGUGCGACAGAAGAACCCUGGAGAUCGGCACCAGAUUACAAGGGCCGAGACCGAGGUGCAGCGAGCGAGUCAGGAUGCCUCCAUCUACAGCCGCGCCCUUGAAGACGAGAUGGACAGAUUUGAAAAGGAGAAGGUCACUGAUUUAAAGAAAGUGUUGACAGAUUUCCUGAACAUCGAGAUGACAUUUCAUGCACGUGCCUUGGAGAAUCUUGCAAAGUGUUUUGAAAAUGUUGCCAUGAUAGAUGAGUUUUCUGAUGUUGAGGAGUUUCGAUCAGCACUGAUGGAUACAAUAGGGUCAAAUCGACAGCUAGGAACGAUGAGCUCUCUCGGUGCCUCAGAUACAUUUGGUAGUGCUACCCUGCCGUCCAUGGGAACGACAUACUCGGACAGACAACAGUCUGUACGGAUGGCAAGUUCUAUGUACGGUGAUGAAGAUGAGGAGGAGGAGGAAGAUGAUGAAGAGGAUGACGACGAUGAAGAUGACGACCCACCUACCACAUCACGUGCACCACGAGUCCACUACGCUUAGAACACUGGAUCUUCCAAACCUCGACACGCAGACUCACUUUCAUUGUUCUGACAUAUACAAGAUUAUGAUCACCUCAUCACAAAUAACUGCAACUUUUCAAGAAGGUUGAACAGGGUCACUUAUUUUGUCACUAUUGCACCAGGGCUCCAGAUAGAUAGUUCCUUGGGCCACUGAGAAUUUACUUACUUGUCAGUCACAUUGGGUAUUGAUACUCUCUGUGGUCCAGUCUAUUGGGUAUUUUUUUAACUGAAUAGACCUUUUUGAAAAAUAACUGCUGUUUCAGGUGUUUUAGAAUUUGUAUCUGUUCAUGUGCGGCUUCAAGUGUGUCACAAAAGCUUACGACAGCGAUUAAGGCUGGGAUGAGUCUAAAUUUACUACCCGGGUACCCGACCCCCUAUUACCCGACCCUAAUUGGGUACCCACUCUUUGUCUCAAGUUAGGUACAAAAUGUUCAAAUGGGAAGUUUUUUCUGGCAAAAAGUAUUUAUAUAUAGUAUAAAACGAUCUGAUCUGACUGAAGCUUUGUCUUUACUAAAACAUAUAAAAAUCAGAAGGAAUGUGUGCACAGUCAGAAAGAAAUGCGAACAUUAGCGACUUGUACUUAUAAAGUGUAACCAUGAAAUUGUAUAGUUAAUGUCAUAAAAAAUAUAUCACAUGACUAACCACGGUUCCGGGUAGUCCUGUGGGUACCCGGGUCCAACUCAGUACCCACCUGACCCGAGUAACAGAGUUACCCGUCCCAGCCCUAACAGAGAUAUCUGCUUAAGUUACAAUAUGUGAGACCAAGCACUGUUGAGCAAUUAUUCACUGCAGGAGAGUCAUGCAGUGUUGUAAUGCUGUUGUUUUUUUUUCAUGCAUAUUUGUACGCAAGCAACUAAAACUUAACUGGGUUAUGGUGAUUUAUUUUGUGUAUUUUACACAAAUAUGCAGUUAUCUGGAGCUCUGUUACAGCAAUACAUAACCUCACUGAUACUGCAGGCUGAAGUACUGAGCGUUUAUAUUUGAUGACUUUGUUUCAUCAUCUAAUAUCAAAGUACAAACUAAACCAUCUUCCUGAGGGAAGGGAGUUAACUGACUAUAAAAAUCCAUUUUCCACCCUUGCUGAACUAGGCUGGUAUAAUGGAGUUAUAUUCUGGCUGGACUAUCGAGUCUAUGCAUAGUCCAAUCAAAAUUGUGAAACGAAAUUGACAUCCCGUUCGUAAACUGCAGUGCAGAUUUUUAUCGAUUGCAGGUCUCGGCAUCAACAGAUAUUUUCCAAAUAUUUUCAUGAUAUUAAUCAAGGUGCUACCAUGAUUUGAUGCACUUCACGAAGUAAGACCCGUUUUAUCACAAUUUAGAUCUUUAUUGUCGAUAAGAUUGUCUUGACUGGGCACCGCCACUUUGUUUGAAGCAAAUACAAGUGAUAUGCGAGGUGGAAUCUGAUUGGUCAAUAGUGGGGUCAUCGAAGGGACAUAACUUGUAAUAGCCACUGGUAGCGCUACGACAGAGCCUUGAAAUUCCAGGCAAGUUCAGCAAGGGUUAAAACUGGACUUUUACAGUCAGUUAACUCCCUUGCCUCUGGAAGAUGAAACUAAACCAGAUAAACCUUUCUUUAGCCUAGCUUCCAUCAUUACACAAAACUGCAGAAGCAAAUUGAAAGUUUUCACUUAGUUCUUUAGGCAGACAUAAUGUUGCAAAUUAAACAAAUUGCAAACUGACCUUGAAAAAAAAAGUGCAACCAUUAUUCAAACUGCAGAAAGUACUUGAAGACAUGAAACUUGGUAUUGGCUUCUUUGUUAUCUUUGUACAUUAAUUCCACCUUGUGCCAACAUAUCGGCGUGUAAGGUUAACUCCUAAGAUUACUCAGUAAAGACCUGAAACAUUACGAACAAUAAUGAAGUGGUUGUCCAUAAGUUCAUGCCCUUCCAACUUCUGAAUGCCUAUAGCAGGGGCGGUCGGGUAGCCUAGUGGUUAAAGCGUUCGCUUAUCACGCCAAAGACCCGGGUUCGAUUCUUGACAUGGGUACAAUGUGUGAAGCCCAUUUCUGGUGUCCCCUGCCGUGAUAUUGCUGGAAUAUUGCUAAAAGCGGCUUAAAACCAUACUCACUCACUCUGAAUGCCUAGCAAAGACUUUAUCAAAGACAUGCAGAAAGUUGUGUUCAUUUCGGCACCCAGCCUUCACUUAAGGAAAUAAGUUAUGUUGCAUCAUUGUUAUGCAGGAUUAAAUAUUUGACAUUAAUGUAAAUUCAGGAGUGGGGAAAAUGUAAAGCUGAUCCGUCCAUGUAUAUAUGUGUUAUAAGUUAUUGCAUCAGCUGUGAUAUAUAGGACUUGUCUUACCUCAUAGAUGACAGUCAAACAUGGUCUUCACAAAUACUGGCAUACUUCUUGCAGUAAUGCGAGAAAAUAAAAAGUAUUUUAUCUUACUAUUUUAUCUGUGCAUCAUAUUGUUAUGAAAAUGUAUGAACCCUUUUCACAUAUUGAUAGUAGUGGUACAUGGUUUUAUAAAACUAUAAAAAAGAGUGCUCAAAGAUUAGCCACAUUUCUUGAUUUUGCUGUUUUGCUUUGUACACAAAUGAACAAUUGCAGUCAAUGGGUUAAAUUAUGGUAAUUGAUAUCAUGAGAAAUAUGCAUGUACCAUUCUUUUAUGUAACAUAUGAACUGAAGGGCAGUGAUGUCUCUCCGGUGGUGAUGGUGGUGAUGGUGGUGAUGUUGGUGAUGGUGGUGGGACAGCUUACAGGCGACUUGGACCAAACAAAACGUCUAUUUGUGUCCAACACAUCAAACGAUGUUUAGUGCUGUGGAUGUCUCUGCUUAACCAUACAUGAUUAUCUCCCCUGAUUUUUCACAAAACACUUUUGAACUUCAUCUGCCUGUGCCAACUUAUAGUGCCGGUGCUGGUAUUGGUACAAUCAUGGAUUAGAUCAUCUGUCUUGGACACAGGGUUUAUUAGUCCAUUACAAACUGAAGAAUUUUUGUUGUUAAAAUUAAGGUACUUGAUUUGGGGUGGGGGCUUUCUUGAAAUGACAAACCCCUCGACUAGAGUUAUAAAAUGUCAAGAUUAUUGUUAUAGAUUUGUAUCAAAGACUUUCGCAGUUUUUCAUUUUGAUCAGGAGGCUUUAUACAACUAUCACCACCCCUAAACAAUAUCUGAGUCAUAUACAUUCAUAAGUGAACAAGAAAGGAAUUAGUAAUUUGACCAAGUUGUCAAAAGGUGGCCUUAUGGUUUUUGAGUGUAGGAUGUUUGUGGCAAUGCAUUUGGCUAAACCAUUAACCAAAGAGCCUAAAUUUAAUUACUUAGGACGGCCCCGUGAAGUCUGAUGUAAUUGACCCUGGUGGUUUGCAGAGAAUGUACAUGGUUCUUUCUGUAAGAUCCCGGCAACUGAUAUGUUUUGGAGUGCUCAGCUGUCUUUCUCCCAUUGUUCUGCAUGAUGUCCAGUGACUUACUGUAAACUGUUUACCAUGUGAGCUCCUGAUAUCUCAUCAUGUCAUCUCAAACUGUUCAUGAUCAUGAUUGCAAGAAAAACUAGUAAAGAUCUGAGAAAA